GUAUCUCAGUCCCAUCAGCCCACCCGCACAGGCGGGGGUAGGCCACGUGAUACCCAAAGGAGCAGGCAUGUGUCCCCACCUAGGCGGGCAAGCCGGCCAGUGGAGCCAAGGUUUUGCCAGUAUGGGGCUAGGGAUCGGUUAACGAUGCGCAUCUCCCCCCUCCCCACACCCCAUCCGCCCAGGACUUCGGAUUCAUGCUCUGCGGGGCACCCGGGGGCAAGGUGCUCCAGCGCAUGGGCGGCUUCGAGCACAGCCAGGGCUUCAAGCUCACAGACGAGAUGAUGGAGGUGCUGAACAUGGGCGGCGGGAAGCCGUUCGAGGUCUUCCGGAAGGCCAUGGCGGACGGCAUGCUGGCCGUGCGGGCGCACGCCGACGAGCUGCUGGCCCUGCUGCAGCUGAGCACCCUGGGCACCGAGAACAGCAGCCAGAGGUGCUUCACCCACCCGCGCGGCUUCCCCGAGGCCGUGCUGGAGGACGUGUGCGAGCGCUUGACGCUGCCCGGCUGCCCGGGCCCCGGCCGGCCAAGACCGGCGCCCCGGAGGCAGCGGCGGCUCGAAGACGACGGGCUCGGAUCAGGAGUUCAAGGAAUGGAUCGACAAGAUGAUCGACGACUCCAUUGGGCACUGGCGUUCGCGACUGUAUGACAAAUAUCAGUACCAUUUUACCGAUGUCCAUUGACCUGGACUAUCACAACCAGGGCUGAAAGUCGGCAACGCAAGCAGCUGACGCGCUCGCUUCAAAGAUGUAGCGACGCUGUUAGCGUGUUGUUAUGGCAGACCUGGCGCUGAUAUCUGACGCUUCUUCUUUCUGUUGACAGCAGGUGUUGUUGACCAUGGAGCCGCCUGCUCGCAGAAAA